UACAGCCCCUCCCAAAAAGGAACAACGUGCACAUAGAGGCAUUGAACCUGGUUGGCAGGAGGCCGCCUCCGAGAACUGGGCCUUCCCUCAGUGUCUGAGCAGUGGGCAUUUGGCAGGACGGAAAGAAGUGUCUCACCUUUUAACUGUAUAUGCAUAUAUUUAGCUCUGAGAGUAGACUGUAGCGGAGCAGCCUGGAAAGACUGUUUAUACACACCCACUCCUUGGCUUAGUUUGACAGCAGAAUUACAGGGAGACUCUAAACAGCCUAUGAGUGUGCAAGAGAGAGGGUGGGGGUCGCACUGAGUUGACCUCCGAAUGGAAGCCCGGCUGGUGACCCUGCUGCUGUUUCCGACAGUUUGGAAUAGUGUUCUUGGAAAGACCCAUUCUUUACACAAAAGAGGAAUCAUUGAAUUGUCUGGAGCCUUACAAUGCACCACAGGCCGUUUUGCUUUGAUGUAUCUAGGUUAUGGGUGCUACUGUGGCCAAGGAGGAAGAGGAUGGCCCAAGGACGAAACAGACUGGUGCUGCCAUGCCCACGACUGCUGUUACGGCUUUGCACAGGAACAAGGCUGUAGUCCUAUGAUACGCAGAUACAAAUGGACUUGUAAGGACAAUCAUGUAAUAUGUGAUCCAACACUGGACAGAUGCCAAAAAUUAAUGUGCCAGUGUGACAGAGAUGCAGCCAAGUGCUGGAGAUCUUCAAAUUUUAACCAGCAAUAUGCCUUCUGGCCUAAUGUUUUUUGUGGCCGCACUUAUCCUGUCUGUGGCUAUAAAAGACACUGAGAGUGUGUUUUUUGAAAUGAAACAUUAUAUUUUUCUCUUAAUUUUAGGCUCCCUAAUAACUUGGACCUGACUCAGCUAGUUGAAUGAAGAUAGCACUUACAAACUAUUUGUUAUCGUCUUUCCUCUUGAAAUCAAAGGUCAAAUAAUGACUUUAUCUCUCCUGAUUCAUAAAAUGUAUACUACAGAAAAUGUUUUAAAAUGCAAGUUGACUUGGUUAGUCAGAGACAAAAUGUAUGAUAUGCAGAGAACCUGACUAAAAAUGUAUCAUAGAAUUAUAUGCAGUGGACCUGCUAUAUCUGUGGGAGUUUGGUUUUGGGAUCCUGUACAGAUACAAAAAAGUGUGGAUUAUCAUGCCCCAUAUUAUUAAAUGGUGGCAACAUGAACAUGCAUGCUUCAAUGUGUCUGCAUUAACAUCACUAUUACUUAGUAAUGAUCUGCAGCCAGUGCAAAUAGCAGAUUCGCAGCUGAUGGAAAUAAAAAGUCUGGAAUAAUAAUAACAACAACAACAAAAACAACAACAGCUUUAUUUUUAUCCUGCCACCAUCUCCCAAAAGGGACUCGAGGAAGCUUACAAAAACACAUUUUAGUGCUGUAAACAUACAAGUACAAUAAAAUGCAUAGGCAACUACAGAAAACAAAUAUACAUAAAAGCAGUAUAUAAAAAACCCAAGUAAUUUAAAUAAAAUAUCCAAUAAAAUGUAGCAAUAGCUGUGGAUUAAAAUGGGCCAUAUCAGUUUCAGUUACAUUAAGGCCCUCUGUAUUAUAAUUCUCAUGGUGCAUACUUCUUGUUUGCUCAAAAAUCUGGUGGAUGAAGCAGAUACAUGGAUGUGGAAUAUGAUGUGCUGCCAUAUAACAAGAACUUGUACUGACCUCACUCAAAAUCAUUUAAAAAUGUAACUUUUGAAAGGUGCAAAA